GUUUAAAAGUUUAGGAAAUAUAUUAGAGGAUUUAUGGUAACUGCAUGACAUUGUAACAGUGUGACCUCGUCAGGCUAGGUAGCUAUAAAAGAGAGCGGCUGUCACACGUGUGCUGACUUGGCUUCCAACAGGCUAUUGUAAUCCACUGGUUUGUUCAUGCUGUACAUAAUAAAAAUUCUGUUACCAGUCUAAGAAAUUUGACUUCAGAUUUCGCUGUAAAAUUUGAAAUUAUUUUUAUAAGAGCUUGUAAAAAACUUUUUAAAAAUAAAUUACUUAAAGAAGUUUUAUAUUGAAUUGAUUUUUCUAAACUGGUUAGCAGUCAAAUUGUGUAAAUAAAAUUGACUGAAAAGGAAGAUGUCUGUUGUCGCAACCCGUUUGUAUCCGCCUCGCACUGCGAAGAGGAUCGUGGUGAAUGAAUACCUGAAGCCAGCAGUGAGCGUGUUGGUGCGGAAUCUUGCAUCCAGUCUGCCACAGCCACUGCUGACUCUUAUCCUCCAGCUGAUCGAGUUUCUUCUCUUCCUUCUCCAGCCGAUAAUCAGGCUUGUUGAGUCCAUCCCUCUGUCCAAGGAGGCACAGGUCGAGAACAUUGUUCGGCCGUUACUCCUCAAAGAUGAAGACUACCGGAAAGUCAUGGAUCGCAUGCUGGAAGACUUCAACCGAGGUCUCGGCAAAGACACCAACGCUGAUGCUGCGGUCAAAAUGUUCACAACAUACGUCAGAUCAGUACCUGAUGGCACAGAGAUUGGCGAUUUCCUAGCACUGGACCUGGGUGGCACUAACUUCCGUGUGUUGCUAAUAUCACUGCAAGGUCAAGAAGUGAAGAUGCAGAGCAAGAUUUAUCUUAUACCACAGCAUAUCAUGUUAGGAACAGGUGUACAGUUAUUCGACCAUAUAGCAGAGUGUAUACAUCGCUUUAUGAAGGAACAUACUUUGAUGGAGUCUAAUUUACCUCUAGGAUUUACAUUUUCAUUUCCAUGUCAACAAAAAGGACUAGCUCGUGCUAUUUUAACCACGUGGACAAAAGGAUUCAAGUGUGAAGGUGUGGAAGGAAACGAUAUUGUUCAGCUUCUUCAUGAAGCAAUUAAGAGAAGAGGUGAUAUAAAAGUGGAGUGUCUGGCUGUGAUAAACGACACUGUGGGUGCACUGAUGUCAUGUGCACACAGUGAUCGGCAAUGUUCUAUUGGGCUUAUUUUAGGUACUGGUACUAAUGCAUGUUAUAUAGAAAAAAUUGAAAAUGUAGGACUUUGGGAUGGAGAUGAUGAUGAACCAAGGGAGGUAAUAAUCAAUACAGAGUGGGGAGCAUUUGGAAAUGAUGGAGCACUCGACUUUGUGCAAACAGAAUACGACCAUAAAGUUGACAGUCACUCUCUCAAUCCUGGAAAACAAAUAUACGAAAAGAUGAUCUCCGGGAUGUACAUGGGGGAAAUUGCACGACUUAUUCUUGAGAAGCUACGUAAGAAUGGUUUGCUCUUUCAAGGUCAAGGUUCAGAGGAAAUGGCCACGAGGGGUCGAUUCUAUACCAAAUACGUGUCUGAAAUUGAGAGCGAUGUCGACGAUGGUUUCAAGAACACAAAGCAGGUCUUUGAUGAGUUGAACAUUGACCACUUCAACGAGGAGGACUGCCGGAUAGCGCAGUAUGUGUGUGCAGCUGUGUCCUCGCGAGCAGCGUACCUGGCUUCCGCUGGUAUUGCUUGCUUGUUGAACAAGAUGCAAAGACCCGAUGUGACGGUAGCUGUUGAUGGGUCCCUGUAUAGAUUCCAUCCUCAUUUCCACGAUCUCAUGAUGGAGAAAAUCGGACAGCUUGUCGACAAGGGUAUUCGAUUCAAGUGUAUGCUGUCUCACGAUGGGAGUGGUAAAGGUGCUGCCCUCGUGGCCGCGGUGGCGAACCGGCUGAAGCGGGAGAAGGAGGAGAAACAGCAACAACGAGCAGCAGAGAGUCAGCUAGCCGACAUGAAACUUAGUUCAUAAUUAAAUCUCCGUAGUCCACCCGUCUUUAUUUAUAUGCCCAGCACUGGUCAGAGCUACAUUUACUCCUGUUGCUUAGAGACAAAGAACAUUCGGUGUGGCACGGUUACAGAUCCAUCUGUCUGUGUUCUGUAGCCACCAUGCUGGUCAGAUGUGUUUUCUCUGACCCCUGUUGGAAGGUCCAUUAGUAGAUGGCACAUCACGGUGGUCGUUCGUGUUCAAACAAAAACUGUCAGGACAUUAAGGGAGUCCCAGCAAUUCUUGCUGUUGAUUCUUGCUGUUGACCACAUGAAUACGACUUAAGAUUUAAGUACUCUGCCAGCUAAAGUUACCAGCACAAAAUCUUAAGAGAGAAAGAGAGAGAACAGCUCUAUUAAAUUAGUCUGCGUCAAGUUUUUCUGUAUUGCUAAGUGUUUUUAAUGUGUAGUACCUUUCGGGAGUCUUUGCCUUAGGGAAGUUGAGAGAGGUGAGAUUAUAGGUGUUGCCUUUCCAACAGUGCUGGCUUUUAGGUCACUUUCUCACAAGCUAUAAAUGUUAGGUCAUCUGGACUUCAUAAACGAACUCACCAUGAGUAAAGAAAAAUCACCAGUUAAUCAUAUACGUCGUAUGUCAUUGAAAGUUGUUAGUCAGAUUUUACACCAAGAGCACAGCUUUUGUUUUCAAAUCAUAUGUCAAUGUAAAACCCAUGCAGGAAUAUAAUCAUACAUUUUAUGGUACGUUUUGGUUUGCUUUUGUUUUUGGGGGGUUUUGUUUUAUUUAAUUAUUAUUUUUUACAUGACAGCUUCUGUUUAGAUCGGUUAAAUGAGGAUUUGAGCUUAACUUACAGGCAGUGUAUAUAUAUCUUUCAUAAUAGGUGCCCACAGUAUUAAGCAUUAUGAACUCCAUAAUAUAUUAUAUGUUUGAAGUGAAAUGGACAGCUCACAACCAGAACUGGUUAUGUUGAAAGUCAUAGUUUUUAAAUAAACAAAUUUUAAUGUUUAAAAAACAGUUUAAAAAAUUGGAAAGCAAAGCAACUUUAUUUAUCAAUGAAAAUUAGGUAGCUUUCAUCACUCCUGUGUUUACUCCCAAAAGACUACAUUAGAAUAAGAAAAAAGGUGAAAUGGCGAACUACUUUCAUUUUUACAAAGAAUGGACAUAAUUUCAAAAUAUUCUUUCAUAGCUGAUAAAAUGAAACUGCUUUCAUUUAUAUAUGUAUAUAUACAGUGUAUAUAUGGAUAUCAUGUCUUUUCCGCAUGCAAAAAUGGAUUGUGCACCCCAGUAUCAAUAAAAAAAAUAGAUAUCUUAUAAUAAAAUUAUAAUAUUAUUGACAAGAAGAAAUCUGUAUUUUCAUAUGCAGGGCAUAAAAUGUGAUUACAAAACAAAGAAAUAGUUAAUGUAAAUUGUGAAAAGCGAAUUGUUUUGGUAGUAUGAUUUGUUAAGAAAGUAAGAGGUUACAAGUUGAAUUCCUGCAGUACCUGGCUAGUGGUGCUGUAUCUGAAACGUUGAUGACCCGACUCCUCGAGCAGGUCAGGAGUAAGAAACAAAUCUGGUCAUGAAUGCUUAUAAAACUGUAAAAGUCUACACUCAGGACUUUAGCAAAGCCUGCAGACUUUGACUGAAUGCUGUUUGUGUGACCAAGACUUUAUUAAAGCCUUGAGUGUAGGUUUUAAAGUUUUAUUAACAGGGCCUGAUGGAGAUAUUUUUGGUUGGUGUUCUCUUUUUUUUUCAAAGAUUGAAAAGCAUAUCUUCAAGACAGUUUUUGGUAUCCAAAGGCUGAGUAUUGGAAUAGCUGAAUAUGAAUAUUUUUCUUCUUCUUUCUUUUUUUCAAUUGGAGGUCAGCAGUGUUCUUGAUGUAAAUAUCCUCAUGUUAAAGACUGUCUAUUGUAGGCUAUAUUAAAGUGACAAUCUUGUCUCACCAUUUAAUAAUGUCAUUUACUAAUGCAAAAUACAAACACACCGACAGUUUUAAUAAGCUUAUGUGUUGUCAUGAUCAACGAGCUGUCUUCCUAUAACACACAAGUCGGGUGCUGGGUUUUUAAUACUUUGUAAGCCAAAACGAUGGAUUAGUGAUCUCAGUGUAAAAAUGAAGAAUAAGAAAUUUUUAUGUGAUGCAGAUUAGCAACAUGGCCAGAGAAUAUCGGUGAAUGGUAUGUGACAGUAAAAUCAUUAAUAUGGAUGAUCUACCAGUAUGUCAAGUGAUAAAUAUACUGAUUGAAAGAAAUAAGGGAUCACACUAAUUUUAACAGCAAAUAGUGACAGCAACCAAAACUAUAAAUCUAUAGUGUCAGAGGUUGACAGUGUUAUUGACAGUCAGUUUGACAUCGCUGACAUUCAAUCCCAUAUUACAACUAUGUACUGGCAGUCAGUUCAACACUACUGACAUUCAAUCCCAUAUUACAGCCUAUGUCCGAUGGCUUAACCACGACACCACCGAGGCCGGUAAGUUUUAUAGAAAUGGAAAUCUUUAUUUGUACAUUUCCUGGACUAUGCAGACUUCUCCUUGGGAAGAUUUUUAAAGAUUCUUUCAAAACUACAUGGGGAUGGGUGGGGUUAUUGUAGUUGUAAUUUCUGUUUGGUAAACUAUAUAUGAAAUCUGUAAAUAUGAAAGUGUAAAAAAAAAAAAAGUGCUUAUUUAAAACUAGUGCAGUCGUUAUAGAACUAAAUAUUCAGUAUGGCGAGUUAAUUAAUGACAACUUGUUAAAUAUUAGUUAAAAAGAUCCUCCAAAUCAUGAUGCAAUUUUUAAUUUAAUAUAAUUACAUAAUGUGCUAUUUGUGAUGUUUCUUGCUGCAACCAAACUUUUAUCCUUGUUUUAUUGAUGCUAAUUUUAAAAAUGUUUAUGUAGUUCGUGUAUAGUUGUAUCUUCCUGCUUCAAAAGCACUUGUGUCUGUAAUAUAUAAUUAUUUAAUGCUGUACAUGGGAUUCAUUGGGGUUGCAUUUGGGUAGGGCUUGUGGGAAUAUGUUUUGCGAGUAUGUAAUAUUAAUUGUUAUUGAUAUAGAAGCCAUAUUAAAGUUGAUUUUAUGUCA